AUGUCUAGUUUUUCAGAUAAAGAUAGAUGUGUUUGGGUAAAUGGCCCUGUUAUUGUUGGUGCUGAUCCAUCAGGAUUAACUGUUGGAGCUUGUUUGAAAGAACAAGUUGUCCCUUGUGUUAGAUUGGAACGAUCUGAUUGUAUUGCUUCUUUAUGGCAGCAAAGAACUUACGAUCGAUUAAAGCUUCACCUACCUAAACAAUUUUGUCAAUUGCCCAAAUUCCCAUUUCCAGAACAUUACCCUCAGUAUCCUUCUAAGAGACAAUUCAUCGAAUACCUUCAGUCCUAUGCUACACAAUUUCAAGUUGUUGUUGUUGGUUGUGGAAAUUCCGGGAUGGAAGUAUCACUUGAUCAUUGUAACCAUGAUGCUCAACCAUCAAUGGCCUGUCGUAGCGCGGUUCAUGUUUUAGCAAGAGAGAUAUUUGGGAAAUCCACUUUUGAGCACACUCCAGGGAAAAUCCCUGUUCUUGACAUUGGUGCUUUGGAGAAAAUCAGAUCCGGGAAAGUUAAGGUUUUUCCUGGAAUCAACAAGUUUUCAUGUGAAUUUGCCACUGGCUACUUCAGCAAUGUUCCAUAUUGGCUAAAGGAAAGUGAAUUUGUGUGCAAGAAUGAUUACCCAAAAGCACAAUAUCCUAACAAGUGGAAGGGAAAAUGUAGAGUUGGAUUCGAAAAGAGAAGGCUGGCAGCUGGUGCUUCUGCAUUCAUUAGGAAAGGACAAAACUCUGCUCAUAGAAUUUCCUUUAAAUUUUAA